AUGGAAAUCGCCCAGCGACUGUCGGCCCUGCGCCCGGUCAUCCGCGAGAUCUGUAAUGUGGCCGGCGUCCCGAGUGCCUCCUUUGGCGUUGCGUACCAGGGUCAGAUCGUGUUCCGGGACAAUAUCGGGUUUCGCGACAUGGAAGAAUCCAUUGAACCAGAUUCAGACACCUUAUAUGGUAUCGGUUCUAUCAGCAAGAUCUUCACCGCGAGCGCGAUCGGGAUGCUCGUCGACGAGGGGAAGCUGAAUUGGACCACGCCCAUUGUCAGCAUCAUUCCUGAGCUUAACACCGCCGACAAGACCGUCACCGGGCAGCUCACCAUUAUAGACCUCCUUCUUCACCGGACCGGACUGGAAAAAUCAAAUAAUUGGUGGUUCGGCUCGGAUGGCGUGUUGAUGCUGGAUAAAAGUCAAACCGUGUCGUCAAUCAAUGCGUUGAAGCAAACAAGCCCAUUUCGAAAUGCUUUCGGGUAUAGCAACUGGGGAUACACCCUAAUCGGAGAAGUCAUCGAACGCCUCACUGGCGUGACAUAUGGGGAUUUUCUCCAAUCUCGCAUUUUUGGCCCACUGCAAAUGGAGCGCACUACGACCAAGCAUACUUGUCAAGAUUCAGAUAAUUUCGCUAAGCACUAUGCCGCGCUAGAUGACAAGUCAUUUUACCCUCUCCCGCCCCCUCCAAUCCAAGAUGACACGAUCAUGACCGCCGCACAAGGGAUCUAA